UACGUAUGAAUAUAAAAUCUCUUUUAAUUGUUAUCUUAAGGAUGCACUAGCUAUAAUUAAGUUUUCUACUUCAUGUUUGAAUUUGACUUCCUUUAAGGUAUAACCGUAUAAGCUUCUUUUUAUUUGUUGUUCUGUUUUGAUACUAUUUCAAAUUAUGAGCCAAACUAGUCAGUUUGUAACAAUUAUUUAAAUAAAGAAAAAAAAUCAUAAAAAAUAUCCCAACUAAAUUUGAUAAACAUUUCUUCAACUUAUUUUUACUACGUUUUAUUUUAUGUUCUUUUUAGUUGGUAAAAUUAUCAAUUUCCCUCCGUUUAAUUUCUUAUGGGGUUUAGUUGAAUUGUCACCCUAAUUAUCUUAAUAAUUAAAUUUAAUAAAAAUGUAUAAUAUUAUGAGUAGAAAAGUAAGAAAAAAAGGUAUUAAAUGCAAAGUAAGGUAUGUGUGUGUAAGAACACAGAGAAGCAGGUAAAGUCAUAUCAGACACAACACUUAAUGCAGAACAAGAAUUAAGUAGAGAAAAGAGAGAAGAAAAAUGGAAGUUAAUGGAGAAGAAGAGAGAAUAAGUAGAAGAGAAGAUGUAGAAAAAGAAGGUUUUCUCAACUCUCCAUGUUCUGCCUUUCACAAAACUGUUCAAGCCAUAUUGAAAUGUCUUGGUCUCGAGUCAUCAUCAUCAAUAUCACCAUCCUCUUCAUCAUCAUCAUCAUCAGAAGACCAUGGAACUGAAAUCGUUCAAGAGACAGGAUUUAUGGCGAUGGUAACAAGACUGGUAAGAAGGAGACCAAGGCCACCUUACAGCUCAGGACAUCCUGGUCAAAUCGAUUGAUUAUGAUUAAAGACUUGGGUCUUUGUGUUUGUAUGUCUUCUUCAUGUUUAAACUCACUUAUGGCCGUCUCCAUGGCACGGCAGUCUCUUUAAAAAGUAUCUAAUCCAAUAAAAUAAUAAAAAUAAUGAAGUUUCGUGUUCAAGCAGCAGCAGGUUUUGAUUCCUCGUAUAUAUAUAUUGAGAAGAAGAAUCAUCUACAGCUAUUUAUACAUGCUUAAUCAUCCAACAAGUUAUCUUCACUAUCACCCAUCCACAGAAACGUAUCCAUUCGACCGUUGGAGACAUGCAAAUGACUUUAAAAGUUGUGUCUUCUCUCUUUACUCAAGAAGUUUGCAUGUUGUAUGUAUUUAUUAUUAUGUCUAGAUCUAAAUUAGUUUAUAUAUGUGUUGUAACCAAAAUUUACAAAUUAAGGAAAUCAUUCUCUCUUUCUCUCU